GAGAAGCAGACAUUGAAUCAACAACAAUGGAGAAAAGAGACGAAGCAGGAGAGUAUCAUUCCAAAGAUUUCGAAUGGGAAUUUCUUCAGAACAUCGUCGAGAACGAUCCUUCUCUCUCCCACCAUCUCCACCACCACCAAGAUUUCUCCAACUAUUCACCAAAUUCGCAGCCAUGGCAAGAUUUUCACUCCCGUCACUCCUCCGGCAAAUUCUUCAAGGAAAGAAGGUAUUUGUUGAAGGAAUUCCCUGAGUUAGUUUCUUGUGGUGAGAACUCAAAACUUUUGGAAAUUGGUUGUGGUAAUGGCAGUACUGUGCUUCCGAUUUUACGUGGAAGCAAGAACAUUACUGUAUAUGCUUGUGAUUGUAGCAGUGAGGCCCUUGUUAGGACUAAAGAGAACAUUGAUCGCGCUAUUGAUUUAGUUGAUAACUUCCGUUCUUUCUGUUGUGACUUUUCGACGUCUGAGUUUCCUAAUUGGGUCGCAUGCGAUCAUUGUCGAGACAAGUUUAUGGUUAACCAUUCAGGAAGGAGCGAAGGCAUGCAGGUUAACUAUAAAUGUUUAUUGAAUGAACAUUGCAUCGGCGGGGUGGAAUUUGUCACUCUGAUAUUUACAUUGUCGGCAGUGUCUAAAGAAAGGAUGCCGAGAGCUAUCAAGGAAUGUUUUUCUGUGCUGAAACCGGGUGGUCUGCUCUUGUUCAGAGAUUACGGCUUAUAUGACAUGACUAUGCUACGGUUUGAGCCAGAGAAACGUGUAGGAUUUAGGGAAUAUGUGCGGUCCGAUGGAACCCUUUCCUAUUUCUUUUGUCUCGACACUGCCAGGAAACUAUUUACUGAUGCUGGAUUCAUUGAGGUUGAGCUUGAAUAUUGCUGUGUCAAAGCAGUAAACCGGAGAAAGGGUAAGGACAUGUACCGAGUUUGGGUUCAUGGGAAGUUCCAAAAGCCCUUCUAUAAUUAAGUUGAAAGGCACAACGUUCUAUUCUAUCCGUGAAGAUUGCAGAGUCUAGUUUUUGGAUUAUCUUUACACUUAUCCUCUCAUACUAAGUUUCCGUUCUUUGUUCUCUAAUCUUGAUAUCUUUGUAAGCAAUUUUGUAACCUCACUUGUUCAUAUAUUCAAAACCAUAAUCAUAAGACACUAAUGAAAGCAUUGCAGAGCAAAACUAAACUAGUUUUGUGUACUGUAAGGGCUAAAUCAUCUUCGUCUAAAA